GCAGGUAGGAGUCGUUUGUGUUUGGAAGUCGAAGUUAGCGCUCAGUAAAAUCAAACAAAACGUUCGAAUUCGAGCGCCAGGGGCUCGGGCGUAGGGACAGCAGCCUCACCCGCACCCUUUCACGGUCGGUGCACGUUGACCGUGCGUGCUACUCAAUGAUGUGAACUCGUGUGAGCGGCAGGACGAGAGCCAAGAUGGAGAACUCGGACGACGAAUUUGCUGACCUCGGCAGCCGUUUGUUAAAGAGAAGUAAAAAGGAGGAAGGGAAUGGCAGCCACGCAGCGGAGGAAAAGUGUCGGCUGGCCAAGAAAACCAAGAGGAAAGCCAAGGCAGGAGCACUCGGACCUCCAGACGGACCGCCAGAUAAACCUCCAAGCGUCCAGCCACACUCCUGGCAUCCUCGCGCCAGUCCCAGCGGGCAUCGGCCGGAAAGCCAUGGCGUCUUAGGUGCAGGACCCCGAGUGAAGGACCUCGUGCUGCAGAGGAUGCAGAAGUUCAGGAGGCCAAAGCCAGAGAAGCUGACGGCUGAGGGCGAGUCUCCGGGCACAAGUCAGCAGAGUGAUGAGGCCCUGGCCCGAGCGAUUCAGAAGAUCCUGGACAUGGAGGCCACGGCGGAUGGUGGGCAGAGUCUCGAGGGUCUCUUCUGCCACAUCUGCCAGAAGGACCUGUCGGCCAUGAACUGCACGCGCCGAGCUCAGCACAUAAACAGGUGUCUCGAUCAAAGCGAAGCAAAGCCGGCGAUCCCAGAGUGUCCCAUCUGUGGCAGACGUUUCACCUCUUUGAAAAGCCGCUCGGCCCACCUGAAGAGCUGUGCCUUGGCAAUGGCGGUCCCGACGUCGGCCUUGAUCGAGGCUGUGCAGCAACAGGCCCAGGAGCGGGUGAGCGGCGGCCCCAGAGAGGGUCUUACAGUCGGUCAGGUCAAAAGAAAGGGCACAACGGACAACCGACGACCGACAAAGAAGAUGAAAAGAAAAGAAGAGCCAAUGGACGAGAACACCAUGGUGGCUUUGGCGUUGUCACGCUCGCUGAUGGAGCAGGACGUGGCGUUGGCGAUCGACGGGCAGCUGCCCACCACAGAGCUGCGGAGGCCUCUGGAAAGUGCAGAUAAGAAGCCGCGUAAAAAGCGCCCGGCGGCAGCAGCGCCACCUCCCUUACUGCUGACACGAGAUCGAGAAGAAGCGUUCCGGAGAAUCCAAGAGCGAGCGACGGCUUUACUUCUCCGUGAGAGGGCACAAAUCAACAGCACCCCGCCACUGCCCGCCAGUCACGUGUCCUGGGACCAUGGGAACAGCCGGCUGUGGGAUCGGAGCGCCUUAAGUGGCAGUGGUGGUCUUCAGGAUUUCUACACCACUGCGCUGCUGCCAGCGGUCAGGCCAUGGAGCUCAGUCCAGAAUCAAACAGAAGAUGACGUGAAAGGAGUGGAUGGCAGUGAUGCCAGUGCAGAAUGUGGUGUGGCACCCGCCACUGGCCUUGGGGGCCCUGAAGGCCUCAUGCCUGACCCUCCUUAUCCAUUCGUUCACCAAAGUCAGAGUUCACAGAGCCAGCAAGCCCUGCGUGACCUGAUGGAGCUCGCCGAGGAGGGGCUCACCUUGAGCCAGGGGGACCCGAGAGUAUUUGAGCGAAGGUUGGGCGCCUCCUCCGGGGUCACAGGUCAGGACGCCGGGCCUUCUGUCAAGUUGGCGUCACAUCCAGGAGACUCCCAGGACUUGUUGGCGCUGCGUAAGCUGGCUUCAGACCUUGGUGGGAUGAUCAACAACCCUCAGCUGAGUGACGUCCAUUUCCAGAUGGACUGCGGUGGGCUGCUCUAUGCCCACUUGUUCCUGCUGUACACACGAUGCCCGAAGCUGAUCGAGGCGGUUAAUGAAGAUGGCUUCUUGGUGGAAGAGGAGGGUCUGCCACAGUCCAGACGCCUUUUGUUAAGCGAGGUCUCUGUGGACGCCAUGAGGGGAUUCCUCGGUUACCUGUACACCGCCCAGGUCUCCAUUGGCAGGACCACCCUGGAUGAGCUGAGGGGACUCGCUGUCAGGUUUGGCGUGGACGAGCUCCUGGACUUGUGUGCAGCCUCGGCCGCUGGAGGAGGAAGAGACGACACUGAAGAUGAAGUGAUGGAGGUGUCCAUGCAUGAGGAGGACGAGGAGCCUCGACGUGACUGUGAAUGUGGAGAGGAGAACUUCAGACAGCUGCUGCGCUCCAUGUGGGUGGAUGAUGAUGAUGAUGAUGAAGAUGACCGUGAGUCAUGUGACCUUUAUGGCCGGCCUAAGCCAGACACGAUUGCUGAAGAGGAAGACCAUCGGGACAAUGAGCGGGUGAAUGACGAGGAGCUGGAAGAGAUCUACGAGUUUGCUUUGACGCAGCGCAAGACAAUGGGCACGUCAGCAGUUAGUGACGAAGAGGACGGAGUGCCGAGUGAAAUCCGUGAGGGCGAUGAAGACUUGAGCAACGAGGAGCCGCGUCAAGGAAGACCUCCAGCAGAAAAAGAAAACGAACGACGGCUGCUGACUUUGGAGCUCAGUCUGAGCAUAGAGGAUGGCUGCCAAGGCCCGAGCGGGCACAUUCAGCCCAGCCCAGAGGCCCCCCUUGAGAGAAUGGAAGGGCUGAGCCACCUGACCAGUGCUGAAGUGUCCCUCGCGGGCGUCAGUCGCAACUCUUCAGGUGGCGCUGACGGGGACCAAAGCCACGAGGGGCCCAUCCAGGAGUCGCCACGUUCUGAGGCUCAAGACGAGUUCAGCUCCUGCACCCCUGCCAGGCCUGGCGAGGACCCGGGGCCCGACUCGAUGCCCGGCAGUCAGGUGUCGUCGCUUGUAGAUCUUUCUGGUGGCUCCCCUUUAAGUCUGCCGGUGUUGGGCCUCUCUCCCGUGACUCCGCCGAAACCGGGCGAAUGUUCAGCAGCUGCCCCGACACGAAUGGGCGACAGUCCAGUGAGGCCCACAAACACACGAGUGCCGCUCUUCAACGUCUGCUCCAGCCCAGCGCCUAAAGCGAAGCCCCCUUUAAGUUUCAUUAGCGGGAAGCUGGGAUGCCCGACUUCCCCAAUCGCUAGCCGUGGCACGAGAUCGACGUGGAGCCUGUGUGUGCCCUCAGAAGAUGAAGUAAUUGUCCUGUCUGACUCGGAUGAAGAGGCAGAGGAUGGCGAAGAGCGGCCGGGGUCCAAAUUCAACUCUCCGGUGCUGAAAGACCAACAGCGAGACGACGAAAACCGCAGCACGUGGACCCCCAAGGGGCCACAGGCUGGCGUAUGGAUCAGAGAGAGCCAGUCGGGCAGAAGGCAGAGUGGCGCAACAGAUGCCAGCCUCUUUGACAACACCAGCAUUGACACCUCCUGGCUGAUCCCAGCCACUCCGGCGCCCACCACCGCCAGAGCAGUCCAGUGGUCCGCGAGGGCACCGAGUUUACUGAAGAGUGCAGCCGACGUGACGGGAUGUGAGGUGGGCCAAGAGGGCCCCGUUCGGUGGUCUCCGUCUGGUGCCCAUUUGGACACAAACAAUGGCAGCUCAUGUGGCCCCUCGGAGGGCAGUCGCCUAACCAACAUGACACUUGGCAGCAGGGCGAUGAACUCAUCCAGUGUAGGAGACGCCAAAGACGAAGGACUGGCAGACUGCCAAAGCUGGCACGGCAGUGACAGUCCAGAGGUCUCUGAGGCGGAUUGUGCCAACGAUGGGCGCUUGCAGACUUGUGGGAGGCCCAAGCCGACGGCCCCACCGGUGCAGGACGCCAUGGAAGAGGCGAAUGAGAGCAUCUGUCUGAUUGACGAGCCCCCUCUGCCCUUUGACGAUGAUGGCGGCUGGGACGCCAGCGAGGAGGGCCUGGGCAACAUGGGUGACGGCACCCCGAGGAGUUGCUAUGGCGAGGAGGAAAGAGUGGGGGCUCCCGGCGUGAGGUCACCUGCCAGAGGCGACCCCAGGCUUUGGGAGGAAGAGUCUUCUCCACUGGUCCUGCCGCUAGCCCAAAGGCUGGCAGUCAGUGCACCCAUACAGCCGCUCAAGACGCCAGCUGUAAAUAAGAAAUCGGUGCCAAGAGGGGCACUGGUGCCCAUCACUCCGAUGCCUGUCUAUGCACAAAUGGAAACCCCGGAGCUGAAGGCACAGCUUGGCAGGUUUGGAGUUCGUCCUUUGCCAAAGCGGCAGAUGAUCCUGAAGCUCCGGGAGAUCCACCAGUACACACACCAGGUGGUCAGCUCCGGCUCUGAAGACGAGGCCACCACAAGAAGCCACGCCCCUCCACGGCCACCCCCUCUCGGCGAGGGACGACGGCCCACCAGCACACGAGAGCAAAGGCAUCCUGAGACGGGGUCCGAGUCCUUGGCACCAUCCCAGGCUUCACACAGCGACGAGUCCUCCUCCUCCCAAAGGUCCAACCCCGAGGCGCUGGAGCUCUCUGAGGAUGACGAUGAUGCCGAGGCUGUGCCCCCGUCUCAGGCGGCAGCACGGGAGGCAGAGAAGAUGGCGGCGGUGAAGAAGUUCAUCCUGUCGAACCCUGACCUCCACCGCCGGGUGCUGCUCUACGAGCCACUGGUGCUGUCACAGCUGCAGGCCCACCUGAAGGAGGCCGGGGUCCGGCUGGGGGCUGCCAAGCUGCUCGAUUUCUUGGACUCUCACUGCAUCACCUUCACCACGGCAAAGCCGCACAGGCGGCAGCAGGGCGCCAAGAAAAGCAAGGGCCCGGUGCCCAAGAAGGGGGGCCGUCUGGUGUCCUGACUGGCAUUUUAUUUAUUGGGGACAAAUGUACUCACAAUAUAGUUUUGUAUUUUAAUUGA